AUGUCUCACCACCGCGCAGACGCAAGCGCCCUUCUCGACAGUCGUGGUUAUUCCGGUCCUCUGAUCCGUGGUGUAAAUCCAGCGACUCUCUUCGAAAAGGCAGUACGAGACCGAAUUACAGACUCCUAUUACUGGAAAGAACAGUGUUUCGGAUUAAACGCAGCAACUCUCUGCGACAGGGCAGUUGAAUUAACGCAUAUAGGCGGGACAUAUGGGGUUGGACAGAAACCUACUCCGUUCCUCUGCCUUGCUUUCAAGCUCCUACAGCUCGCGCCAGAAAAGGAUGUGAUAUUGGAAUAUUUAAAUUUCCACGACCCUGAAGCAGAUGAGGAGAAAGACUCAGGCAUUAGGGAGGGGAACUCAGAUGCGGAGGAUGGCGUGGACGAUGCACAAGACAAAGCAGAUGCGGCAAUAUUAAAAGCGACGGGGGACUUUAAAUAUCUGCGCGCGCUAGCAGCAUUCUACGUGCGACUUACCUUUGAGCCGGUAGAGAUAUAUAAAACACUCGAACCACUAUUGAUGGAUUAUCGGAAGCUUAAGAGGCGCACGAAGGACGGUUUCUUGCUGACGCAUCUGGAUCAGUUUGUGGACGACUUGCUCACGAAGGACCGAGUGUGCGGAACCUCUUUAUGGAAGAUACCAGCAAGAAGCAUACUGGAAGAUUUAGAUAUGCUGGAAGAAAGGGUUAGUCCUCUGAAUGAUGAACUUGAGGACCUUGAUGAAGAAAGUGAGGAGGGUGAGGUAGAGGACAAAAAAGCAGAGGGUGAAAAUGGCAAAGAAGAUAGCGCCAGUCCGUGA